AUGUCUUCUCGGCCGCACCCCCGUCCGGGCCACGACCACGCGCCCGCGCACCCCAGCGGGCUGCGGAACACGUUCACGGUGUCGUCCGCCAGCUCGACCGACGAGCCGUCCGAGCCGUCCGAGCCGGGCUCGCCUGUGAGCCACGCCGUCUCCGUCCCGCCGCACCGCCAUGCCGCCGGCCCCAGCAGGCCGCGCCCGACCGAGGCGACCGCGCUGCUCGACGCGCUCGACCUCCGCGAGCAGGCGCACGAGGGCCCCUGCUCCCACGGCACCUUUUCGCCGCGCCCGACGAGCCCCACGGGCAGCAGCCUCGCCGCCGACUUGGCCAGCCCGUCCGAGUCCGAGGGCGAGGGCGCCGCCGACGGCCCGUCUGACAGACCCGGCAGCUGGAGGAAGCGGUGGGCUGCCAAGAUCCGGAGCAAGAAGAUGAGCGCGACGAGCGCCCUGGCCCGGCGUCACGGCGUGAAGCACUCUGCCUUGAUGUACCUCUCGUACUACCUCCCCGUCAUAGCGUGGGCGCCCGAGUACAGCUGGUCCUACUUCAAGGGCGACUUCGUCGGCGCGCUGACCGUGGCCGGCAUGUACGUGCCCAUGGCCCUGUCGCUCGCCGACAAUCUCGCCCACGUGCCGCCGCUCAACGGCCUGUACUCCUUCGUCUUCAACCCGCUCGUAUACGCCCUGCUCGGCAGCUGCCCGGCCAUGGUCGUCGGCCCCGAGGCGGCAGGGUCGCUGCUGGUCGGCACCGUCGUCAAGACGAGCGUCGACCGCGGCCGCACCACCGACGACGACGCCACGAUGCACGCCCGCCUGUGCGGCAUCGUGGCCGGCAUGUCGGGCGCCAUGGUCCUGAUCGCCGGCGUCGCCCGCCUCGGCUUCCUCGACAACGUGCUCUCGCGACCGUUCCUGCGCGGCUUCAUCAGCGCCAUCGGCGUCGUCGUCGCCGUCGACCAGCUCGUGCCCGAGCUAGGCCUCAGCGGCCUCGCCGACCGCGCCCACCUCGGCCACGCCAGCAGCGUCGACAAGCUCGCCUUCAUCUUCCGCCACCUCGACCAGGUGCACACGCUGACCCUGGCCGUCGCCGCCACCAGCUUCGCCGUCAUCAUGGUCUGCCGCGAGGUCAAGCGCCGCCUGCAGCCGCGCUACCCGGCGGUCGCCUACGUCCCGGACCGCUUCAUCGUCGUCGUGCUGUCCGCGUUCCUGGCAUACUGGUACCAGUGGGACCGGGCCGGCGUCGCCGUGCUCGGCAAGGUCGAGGCCGCCAGCGGCCACCCGUUCACCUUCCGCUGGCCGCUGCAGCCCGCCAACCUGCCGCACAUGCGCGACGCCAUGAGCACCUCCUUCCUGAUCGCCCUGCUCGGUUUCUUCGAGUCCUCGGUCGCUGCGAAGAGCCUCGGCCCCGACGGAUUCGCCGGCAUCCAGCUGAGCCCCAACCGCGAGCUGGUCGCCCUCGGCACCGCCAACAUCGUCGGCGCCUGCUUCAUGAGCCUGCCCGCCUUCGGCGGCUACGGCCGCAGCAAGGUCAACAAGGCCACCGGCGGCCGCACCCCCGUCGCCUCGAUCCUGCUCAGCGGCCUCACUCUGCUCUGCAUCCUCGUCCUGCUGCCCUACUUCUACUAUCUGCCGAAGCCGGUCUUGUCGUCGCUGAUCAGCGUCGUCGCCUGGUCGCUGAUCGAGGAGUGCCCCCACGACGUGUCCUUCUUCGUGCGGAUCCGCGCAUGGCAGGAGCUCGGCCUGAUGACGGUCAUCGUGCUCGCCACCAUCUUCUUCUCGCUCUCGUUCGGCAUGGCCAUCGGCGUCGGCCUCUCGGUGCUGCAGGUCAUCCGCCACGCGACGCGGCCGCGCAUCCAGAUCCUCGGCCGCAUCCCCGGCACCAACCGGUUCGAGAACGCCGAGGCGAACCUCGACCGGCUCGAGUUCAUCGAGGGCUGCCUGAUCGUCAAGAUCCCCGAGCCGCUGACGUUCGCCAACACAGGCGAGCUCAAGGCGCGCCUGCGCCGCCUCGAGCUGUACGGCACGGGGCUCGCCCACCCGGCCCUGCCGCGCCUCCGCCGCGAGGACUGCAACCGCAACAUCAUCUUCGACAUCCACGGCGUCACCUCGCUCGACGGCAGCGGCACCCAGGUGCUCGAGGAGAUCGUGCGCGACUACCGCCAGCGCGGCGUGCGCAUCUUCUUCAGCCGCGGGCCGGGGCGCGACUCCCCCUUCGGCCGUCUGCUGCGCCGCAGCGGCAUCGUCGACCUCGCCGGCGGCGAGCACCACUUUGUCGACGACGUGCACGAGGCGCUCAAGCUGACCGAGGCCGAGGAGGCCCGGCUGGGCGCCGCAGACGGCCAGAGCGGGCUGCCACCGUGUGGACGACAUCGAUGCGAAGGGCGACGACGGCAAGACACCAUACAGACCACCACGGUUUGGCCGAGUAGGUACCUCUCCGAUUCAAGGAGCUGGCAAACGUUGACAAACGGACGCCGCCAGAACGGGAAAGCUGAGCAGGCAGCAACCACCAAACAGACCGUCAGACCCGCGCCAGACCCCGCACGCACAACUACACAACCUCACCAUCACCCGAUCCUCAUGUCGCUGUCAACUGUGAGCCGCCGCGAGCGGAUCCUUGGCGCCCUGCUGGGCGUGCACGCCGGCGACGCGCUCGGCGCCACGGUCGAGUUCGCCGCCUGGGAGGACGUCCAGGCCAACUACCCCGACGGCGUGCGCGACAUUGUCGGCGGCGGGCCGUUCGGCUGGCCGCCGGGGCACGCCACCGACGACACGGACCUGACGCGCGCCGUGCUGCUCGCCUACCGCGACGCCGCGCAGCUGAACCCGCCCCCGCUGCCCCCGUCAGCGCCGCCCUACGUCGUCGCGCGGGCCGCGCAUCACAUGGUCGACUGGUACGAAGGCCGCUGGCCCGGCCGCACGCCCGGCCAGCAACCCCGCGACGUCGGCCUCGCCACGGUCAUUGGAAUCACCAAGUUCAAGAAGACCGGCGAUCCGCGCACCUCGGGCGCCGGCGAGGCCCUCCUCGGCAACGGCUCGCUCAUGCGCUGCAUCCCCACCGCCCUGUUCCAGCCCGACGCAGAGAGGGCCUUCGCCGAGACGAUCGACAUCUCGGCCAUCACGCACGACGACUUCCACUGCACCAUCGCCUGCGCCGCGUACAACGCCGUCGUGCGCGCCCUGGUCGACGGGACGUCGCCCGAGGGGGCCUUUCAGGCCGGCAAGGACGCGGUGGAGCGGGCGGCGGCGGUCGCCGCGGCGGAGCCCACGGCCAAUCGGCAGGUCAAGAUGGCGCGCGCCGCGCAGAAGGUCGGCGCAGCCAUGGACGCGGGCAAGUCGCUGAUUCGGGUGCGGGACCUGGCCGAGAACGGACCCAAAGGAGCCGCGAACGCGUCCAAGGCGCUGCUCAACAAGGCGUCCGGGUACGUCCUCGAGUCGCUGACCCUCGCCGUCGCCGCUCUGUUCGAUCCGCGCCCGCUGGAGGAGGUCCUAAUCGACGUGGUGCGCUUCGGCCAGGACGCCGACACGAACGGCGCCAUCGCCGGCGGUCUCCUCGGCGCGAGGGACGGCGUCGACGCGAUCCCCGCGCGCUGGAGAGAGAAGCUGCAGUUUGAGAAGGAGUUUACCGAGGUCGCCGAUGGCCUCUUGGCGCGGCAGGACAGUGGAAACUAA